UCCAUGAACAAUGACACUCAGGGUGUCUCAGGACUUAUCGAUAUAGGAGACCAAGGGAGCAAGGGACUGCCGUACACAGCAUACUGUGGUCUACAGAAAAAGAAUGCAAGAUGGUCAUGCCAGGUCUCAUUGAAUGGAAUCGAUACGAAUGAAGGAAAACUGAAGCAAAUGGGAAAAGGAUUUUUUAAAGGAUUGUAAUUUCUUCAAAAUAAAAAGAGGAAGUAAUAGAUAAACAGGACAAGAAACAUACAGUAGGCAAAAGCAACAGGUGAGCAGGAUAAGGGAACUGAAAAUAGAAGAAUAUGUGUGAGUAAAUCUGAUUACAGAUGUAGAUUGUUAAAGAGAGGGAGAACAGACGUACCAGGAUUGUACGUCAUUCUAAUUAGAUACAUUUUUGUUGUCAGAGUGACAGAUAGAGAGGCUAAUCAAACAUUAAAUGCUGGAGCGUCUUUCAAAGCCUGCUGUGUUUCCUUGGCAAAUGACUGAAGACACAACCACUUGAGGAUAACUGAAAGGAGCUCUCUUAUCUCAGUGGGCCUGCAAGGUGUGAAACAAGAGUGAGGACGAGAGGCUUGCAGUCUGGCCUUACAUUUGUGGCUCAGAGAAAAAGAGACUGCAUGCCUGUGGAUUCCAGUGUGAGACGAAGCUGGCAAACAAGCAGAGAUGGAUGUCUUUGGAGGUGCUCCACGUUUCCUAGCGUAUCCCCGCCCCGUGGUGGUUCAGUGUGGUACCGAUGCAGUGCUGAAGUGCCAGAUUGGAGGGGAUCCGCGGCCAGCUGUCAUAUGGGAACGGAACAAUGAGCAGAUUCAGCCUGAGGGCCGGUACCGUCUCUUUGAGGACGGCAAUGUCUACAACCUUAUCAUCUCAAGGGUGGAUGCUGAGGACAGUGGACAAUACAUUUGCAAGGCCAAAAACAGCAUUGGGGAGACCUACGCAGCAGCAACUCUGAAAGUGGAGGGAGAGGCGCAGCAGAGAGAACUGCAAGAGGAGAAUAAGCCACGCUUCCUUAUCAAGCCCCUCUCAACUCGUGUAGGCCGAGGAGAGGAUGCUGUCUUCUCUUGCAAGCUGUGGGGUAAGCCCCGACCAGAGGUAAUCUGGGAGAAAGAUGGCAAAAAACUGAAUGACAUUUUUGAAAGCACACAUUAUAGUGUGAGCUACCAAGAUGGGGGCUGGUUCCAGCUGAAACUCUUCAAGACCCGUGCGCCAGACGGAGGAGUUUAUACCUGUCGGGCUAGGAAUGAGUAUGGAGAGGAAUUGGCUGGGGCUGUCCUACUUGUGGAUGCCGGACCAGGCCAUGAAGAGGAGGCAACUCGCAAUGGGUACGCAAAUGGCCACUGGAAGCCCCACCAAGGCAAGCAAAGAGGAGGACGUCAAAUCGCCAUACGACAAAAAGAGGACCCUGUACCUAACUCCGCAAAAGUGAAAAUGUUUGCAGUGACAGAAGGCAAGCAUGCCAAGUUCCGCUGCUAUGUCACAGGAAAGCCCAAACCAGAAAUAGUAUGGAGGAAAGACGGAAGGUUAAUAUUGUCUGGGCGACGUUACCUCUUGUAUGAAGACCGGGAGGGUUACUUUACGCUGAAAGUGCUCUAUUGCAAGCAAGAGGACAAUGGGCUUUAUGUUUGUGCAGCCUCCAACACUGCAGGCCAGACUCUUAGUGCUGUGCAUCUCACUGUUAAAGAGCCACCUGUACGGUUCAAGCAGCCUCUCAGUGAUUUGGAGGUGUGGGAGAGAGAUCUAGCUGUGCUAGAAUGUGAAGUGCCUGAGGACUCAGUACCAACAACUUGGUACCUAGAGGACCGACGCCUGCAGCCAGGGGCCAAGUAUGGCAUGGAGGAAUGGGGAACAAUGCGCCGCCUCACUAUCCGUGAUGUUGGUGCUGAUGAUGAUGGCAUCUAUCUCUGUGAGAUGGCAGAUGGAGGAAGGAGCAUUGCUGAGGUGUCCGUCCGAGGCACCAUUGUACGUAAACUACCCCGAAAAGUGGAUGUAUUGGAAGAAGAGAAUGCUGCAUUCUGUGUAGAGGUUGAAGAGGAAGAAAUGGACAUUCACUGGUACAAAGAUGGCAUAGAGCUCCGAGAAACCCACAAGACCAUCAUAAAGUCUUUUGGCAAAACUCACAUACUUGUCUUUGUUAAUGCAUCUCCCGAAGAUUCUGGAGUUGUCACUUUUUUAGUUGGGAGAUCCAAGACGUCAUCACAACUUAGGGUCAGAGCUGCCCGACACAGCCCUCCCAGCUCCCCUGUGGGUGUACAGAUGAAUACAGAGCGUGCCAACGCAGCACUCCUCUCCUGGGUUUCAGCUCAUGACUCGCGCAAGAACCCCCCCUCUGGCUAUGUGCUGGAGAGGCAGGAGCUGAGCUCUCCAGAAUGGCUGCAGUGUCUCACCACAGAUUCAGCCACUGCAGUAGAGAUCCUGGGGGACAGUGUACCCUGUGAGGCAGACUAUCGAUUCCGUAUUUGCAGCGUCAACAAAUACGGUAGGAGUGGCCAUGUGGAGUUCCCAGGAUCUGUCCAUCUUGUCCCUGUGGCUCGAAUACAAACCCCACUACAGGAUGCAUUAGUAAUGGAGGGCCAGGAUGCAGAGUUUUCCAUUGAGCUUUCAGCCUGUGUGGUUGGGACCUGGUUUUUGAAUGGCACUCAAAUCCAAGAGGGUGAAAGGUUCUCCAUGCAUCAGUCUCGCACACACCAUUCCCUGUGCAUCAGGUGUGCUCAGAACACUGACAACCGGACUGAGAUCACUUUCAUUGCCUAUGGCGUGAGAGAUUCAGCAGCACUCUACAUUCAAGCUCCACAGGUGAAAUUUUUACCCCUCCCAGAGAUGGAUUGCAAAAAAACUGUUGAAGCAGGCAGCCCACUUGUGCUUUACUGUGAGCUUUCAGACCCUACUGCUAUGGUUCACUGGUACAAAGAUGGAGUAGAACUACACACAAUAGAAGGUCUGCACAUACAAUCAGAAGGAACCAUGAGGCGGCUUGUGAUCCAGUCAGCGGAGUUCACCCAUUCUGGAGUUUAUAGUUGUGAUGCCAUUGAUGAUGUCAUGAGAUUUCAUGUGGAAGUUAAAGCUCCACCAGUGAGAUUCACAGCUCUUCCAGAUUCUGAGAGGAGUAAGUCCAUUGAAGCAGGCUGCCCCAUUGUGCUGCAUUGUGAGGUUUCAGACCCCACUGCCCAGGUCUGCUGGUACAAGGAUGGAACAAAGCUCCUUCCACAGAGUAGCAUAGACAUCCAAUCAGAGGGCACCACAAGACGAAUGAUAAUCCAAUCAGCAGAGCUGGCCCACUCUGGGGUGUACAGCUGUGACGCUGUUGAUGAUGUCAUGAAAUUCAAGGUGGAUGUUAAAGCUCCACCAGUGAGGUUCACAGCUCUUCCUGAGUCUGAGAGGAAUAAGUCCACUGAAGCAGGCUGCCCCAUUGUGCUGCACUGUGAGGUAUCAGACCCCACUGCCCAGGUCUGCUGGUACAAAGAUGGAACAAAGCUCCUCCCACAGAGUGGCAUAGAAAUCCAAUCAGAGAGCAGUGUGAGGAGACUGGUCAUCCAAUCAGCAAGCCUAUCACAUUCUGGGGUGUACAGCUGCAGCACUGUUGAUGAUGUCAUGAAAUUCACAGUGGAUGUUAAAGCUCCACCAGUGAGGUUCAGAGAUCUUGAUGGAGUUGAGAGGAACAAGUCCAUUGAAGCAGGCUGCCCUGUUACAUUGUAUUGUGAAAUCUCAGACCCUACUGCCCAGGUCUGCUGGUACAAGGAUGGAUCAGAGCUUCACCCACAGGAUGGCAUAGACAUCCAAUCAGAGGGCUGCAUGAGGAAAUUGAUCGUUCAGUCAGCAGAGAUGGCCCACUCUGGGGUGUACAGCUGUAAUUCCAUUGAUGAUGUCAUACAUUUUAAUGUGGAUGUUAAAGCUUCACCAGUGAGGUUUACAACUCUUCCUGAGUCUGAGAGGGAUAAGUCCACUGAAGCAGGCUGCCCCAUUGUGCUGCACUGUGAGGUGUCAGACCCCACUGCCCAGGUUUGCUGGUACAAGGAUGGAACAAAGCUCCUCCCACAGAGUGGCAUAAACAUCCAAUCAGAGGGCACCACAAGGAGAAUGAUUAUCCAAUCAGCAGAUCUGGCCCACUCUGGGGUUUACAGCUGUGAUGCUGUUGAAGAUGUUAUCAAAUUCAAGGUGGAUGUUGAAGCUCCACCAGUGAAGUUCACAGCUCUUCCUGAAGCUGAGAUGCACAAGUCCAUUGAAGCAGGCUGUCCAAUUGUGCUGCACUGCGAGCUCUCAGACCCUACUGCCCAAGUCAGCUGGUACAAAGAUGGAACAAAGCUUCUCCCACACAGUGGCAUAGACAUCCAAUCAGAGGGCAACUUGAGGAGACUGGUCAUCCAAUCAGCUCAGUUCUCCCGCUGUGGGGUGUACAGCUGUAAAACUGCUGAUGAUGUCAGAGAAUUUUAUGUGGAUGUUAAAGCCCCUCCUGUCAAGUUCAUAGAAGUCCAUGAGGAAGAUCUUCACAAAAGUGUUGCUGAAUCCGAACCUGUUGUUCUGUACUGUGAACUCUCAAGACCUGAUGUUGAUGUACAUUGGUAUAAGGAUGGAGUUGAAAUCAAACCAAGUGACAACAUUUCUGUGCAAUCUGAUGGAACCAUGAGGCGUCUUAUAAUCCAGUCAACCAACCUAUCAGACUCUGGCAUGUACACUUGCCGUGCAGGAGACAGUGCACUAAUUUUCAAGGUUAAUGUACGAGAACCACCAGUGACUAUAGUUCAUCCAAGGGAGGAUGUGCAUCUCGAGCGACAUGUUUCAGAAGAAAUAGUCCUAAGUUGUGAGCUUUCACGCUCCAAUAGCACAGUGCAUUGGUACAAAGAUGGUCAGGAACUCCAGGAGACACAGAAUAUCAAAUUUAAGUCUGAAGGGCCUUAUAGAAGAUUAGUUAUCCUUAAUAGUUCCACUGAGGAUACAGGAGAAUAUGUCUGUGAUACUGCAGAUGAUUCCAUUUUCUUUCAGGUCACUGUAACAGAACCUGCGGUCCAUAUAGUGUCUCCGAGCCAGUCUCCCCUGGAAUUAAAUCAUCGCACAUGUGAGAGACUGGUGUUGAGCUGUGAGGUUUCCAGACCUAAUGCAAUAGUACGCUGGUACCGAGAUGGACUCGAGGUAGAAGAGAACGACAACCUGAUUAUAGAAACUGAGGGAGUCCACAGGAGACUCAUCAUCCCCAAGACUACUAUCCUAGACUCUGCUGAAUAUGUUUGUGAUUCUGUUGAUGAUUCAAUAACUUUUCUUGUGAAGAUCGCAGAACCUCCUGUGAAGUUUGUGCAUCCACAAAAAGCUGCUGGUACCAUGAAAGGCUUUGUUGGGGAGCCAGUGACACUUGAGUGUGAGGUUUCCCGCUCAAAUGCUGUGGUGUGCUGGAAGAAGGAAGGAGUGGAGAUCGAAGAAAGCAGAGGCAUCAGUAUCAUUGAGGAUGGUGUCCUCCGUCAAAUAAUUAUACACUCUGCCAGUCUAGAGGACGCAGGAAAUUAUAUCUGUGAUGCCAAGGAAGAUGUGAUGAACUUCAAAGUUAAAAUCAAUGAGCCAUCAGUGAAAAUAUUAAGGAAAGGAGAACUGAAAAUGCAGCAGGAGUUCCUGGUGUCAGAUGAUAUUGUUCUAGAGUGCGAGCUCUCUCGAGCCAAUGGGAGUGUAAAGUGGUAUAAAGACGGAGAAAAAAUAGCAGACAAUGACCGACUCUGCAUGGAAGAAGAGGGAGCUUUUCGUUCACUGGUCAUCCUGAAUGCAGAGAUUUCAGAUUCAGGAGAAUACUUUUGUGAUGCCCGAGAUGACAAUGUUGUCUUCCAUGUCAUUGUGAAAGAGCCACCAGUAUCCAUUGUGGGCAACUCUGAUAACCCGGAGCACCACAGUCUAAUAGCAGGAGAUGACCUGGUUUUAAUGUGUGAAGUGUCCCGGCCCAAUGCCGUAGUUCUGUGGUACUGCAAUGGGAAGCUCCUGAGUGCUGACUAUCGGACUCGGAUUGACAGCCAGGGCACAAAGAGACAGCUUGUUAUUUCAGACCUCCAGAUAUCAGACACUGGGAAAUAUAUCUGUGAUGCUACUGAUGACAAAAUGGUGACCAUGGUAACAGUUCAAGAACCACCCAUUAAAUUUGUGAACAAAGAGGAUGCCAAGGAUUCGAUAGAAGUUGUGGAGAACGAAAGUAUAACACUGUGUGCCAAAGUGUCACUGGAGAAUGCAGUCGUGCAGUGGUUGAAAAACUGGAGAGACAUCAGUGGGGAGCGUUACAAUACCAGCAGUGAUGGGAAAUGCCGUCUUUUCAGUAUCCAUCAUGCACAGAUAUCAGACAGUGGGGUGUAUACCUGUGAUGCCUUUACUGAUGAAAUGCACUUUACUCUUCAGGUCAAAGCUGCUCCAGUUAAGUUUGAACGCAAGCAGGAAAAGGCAGAGGAAGUGUUUUCCAUGGAAGGUCAGAAUACCGUGAUGUCUGCAGUAGUGGCGAGUGGGAAAAGCGAGGUAAAGUGGUUCCGCCACCGCUGCCAGAUCUUCGAAGCUGAGAAGUACGAGGCCAGAGUGGAAGGCCGAGUUCACAGCCUCAUUGUGAAGAACACUUGCAAGGAGGACUGUGGCCUGUAUACCUGCGUCUCAAAUGAUGACGAGAUGGUAUUCGUUGUCAGUGUGAAAGAGAUGAAGUUGAAUUUUGUAAGAAUGCUGGAGGAUGUCUGUGCUCACAAGGAUGACACAAUCACACUGCGAUGUGAACUCUGCAAGCCAAAGGGAGAUGUACAGUGGCUGAAAGAUGGGCAGGAAAUCAUUCCUAGCCGCCGGCUAGUCAUUAAAGCAGAGGGCCGUGAACGCUCUCUGACCAUUUACCGGGCCACUGGAAAUGACUCUGGAGAAUAUGUCUGUGAAUCCAAGGAUGAUAGAACAUGUGCCAAAGUCAUGGUAGAGAUGCCACGUGUAGUGGAGUUCAUUGCAGAGGUGCACAGUGUCACUGUGCUGGAAGGAGAAGAUGCCAUGUUUAAGUGUGUUGUGUCACCUGAGGAUGCAGAGCUGGUGUGGCACAGAAACGGCGAGCCCAUCAUUCCAGAUGAUAAAUACGUUGUGUCGAACAACGGAGUGUGCCACACACUGCACAUCCUCAGCUGCCAGCUGUCAGACAGUUGCAAGGUGACAGCUGAGGCCGAGGGAGUAGUUUCAAAAGCAAACUUGAAGGUGCAAGAGGCACAGGUGGUGUUCACGAAGAAAAUGGAAGCUGUUAUUGCUGAGGAACAUGGUGAGGCCACUCUGGAGGUGGAAGUGAGUCUGGAUUCUGGAGAGGUCCAGUGGAUGAGACAGGGUGUGGUGAUCCAGCCUGGACCCAAAUUUACCCUGACGCAGAAUGGCAAGAAACGUAGCCUGACUGUGCACAACCUCUCCUUUUCCGACCGUGGCACCUACCGCUGUGAGACUCUACAUGACCGAACCCAGGGCAAGCUAAUUGUGGAUUCCAGGAAUAUUUCAAUCCGCAAAGGACUAAGUGACAUUGAAACAUACGAGCGUGAGACUGCCUCUUUUGAGGUAGAGCUUUCUCACACGGAUGUGGAGGGAGUGUGGCAAAAAGAUGGCAUCCGACUGAAACCAAAUAAUCACUGGCGAGUCAGCAAUCAUGGACGAGUGCACAGCCUCACCUUUUCAAACCUCACUCUUGAGGACAGUGGCACAGUUACCUUCUGUGCAGAAAGUGUGAGAACAUCAGCAAGGCUGACUGUGAAAGAGCCUCCUGUGACCUUUCUGAAAAAGCUGGAGGACCUACAUAUUCCUGAAAACACAGCAGCUUUGCUUGAGUGUGAGCUGUCCAGGCAGAAUGUGGAAGUUAAGUGGUUAAAGAAUGGACAAGAACUGAAACCAGGGAAGAGCUACCGCAUCUACUCUAUGGGGAGAAAGAGGUUCCUCCAGAUCACAAAGUGUGGGACCAUGGAUUCGGGGAUAUAUACCUGUGAUGCUGGGGACAGCACAGUGUCCUGUACUCUGGACAUCUAUGAGAGGAAAGUCGAGAUAGUACAGGGCCUGGAGGAUUUGGACAUUGAGGAAGACCAAAAUGCGGUGUUUUUGUGUGAAGUGUCAGUGGAGGAUGUGCCAGGGGAGUGGUUUAAAAAUGGGGAGAAAAUCAAACCCACCAGCACCAUCAAAAUCCGUCAGGAAGGGACCAAGCAUUUUCUUCUGAUGUGUAAUGUAAGGGCAGAAGACUCUGGAGAGAUCAAGUUUGUUGCAAAACAGGCCGAGUCUACUGCUUACUUAGAAGUAGAAGAACUCCCAGUAACAAUAGUAAAGCCCCUCAGGGACAAGACAGCCCUGGAAAAGCAUCGUGUGAUCCUGGAGUGUACAGUGUCCAAUCCCCGAUCAAGCAUCCGUUGGUACCAGGGUGAUAAAUUGAUCCUGCCCUCUGAACACUUUGAGAUAUGCAGUGAGGGCUGCUACCGCAAACUGGUCAUCCACCAGGUUGCACUUUCAGAUGAGGGUGUCUACAGCGUUGAGGUUGGAGAGCACAAAUCAUCGGCAAAGCUGAUGGUGGAAGAACAGGCCAUCUUGAUUGUCCGGGUUCUAGAAGACGUGGAGGUGAGAGCUCCAGAAGAGGCAUGUUUUGAGUGUGAGAUCUCUGUCCCAGUCAUCAAACCACCUGUCUGGACUCUGAAUGGGGAGACCCUUCAGCAUGGCGGCGAUGUUCGACUGGAGAGCAUGGGCACUGUUCACAGACUCACCCUCAGAAAGACCACAACAGAAAUGACUGGCCUUGUCAAAUUCACCACUGGCAAAGCACGAAGCAGUGCCAGGUUAAAAGUCAAGGACUAAUUCCAGAAAACAGGACAAAGAAUUGUCUGCGACCUGGAAGAUACUAACAGUAUUGUCAAAAACAGAUUUAUUUAUGUAUAUUUAUAUAUUUAAUUGGGAGAUAGAGAAGAUAGGGGAAGAAAAAUAUUUUAUAAGAUGCUUCAUGCAUAUUCCAAAAUAAUAGGAUACUGGGCAGUGGAAUGGUUUUGAAACGUAGUGCCACUGGUUUGUUCUGCUCUGCUUUAAUUAAGGUACUAUGCACCUGAUUUAUCACAAUUCCAUUUAUGUGUUAUUUGAAAGGAGAAAAACAUUGUUUAAACAUAAAUUAGGAGUUGCUGGUUUGUGACUUUGGGUUCAUUCAAAACAGCAUUGUGAUAUAAACAGAAUGUAAAGGGGCAUGCUUUUUCAUAUAGGACCAGUUUAUUCUAUGUCACAAACCAAUUAAAAUCUAAGAAGAAACUGGAUGGCAGGUAUAACCUUCAAAAUAUUUUGACAAUAUCUGCUUUGAAAACUGUAGCUUUAAAAAAUAUCUAGCUUAGCUUGAUUAAACCAUAAGGAGUUACUUUUAAACAAAACAUGAUACUAACUUUAAAUCGUUCAAAUCCCUUCCUCAACAAAACACCAUUUUAUGUGCAUUGAAAGCUCAUCUUUUAUGUUGUAGUGUUUGACAUUCACUAGAAAUAUUCUAGGAGUCGGUUAAAUGAAUAGCAAGAGUUAUGUGAUAGUAAUACAGUAAGUCAGUAAAAUAAAACUUAAAUAUAAAACAAUCUGAUGAGGUAUGAAAUCUGAAGUCUGCUUGCUUAGUUUUCAAGUCAGUCACCACACCGAUUAUAUCCUGAAUAAUAAUGCCAUUCAAAUAUCAAUGCAAUUCUAAAUUGUAAAAGAGAAAUCAAUAUUAGUUGAGUAUGAAUCGUUUUACAGCUCAAAAGACGGGUUAAAGGAAAACCUAUUUUAUAACUUUGCAAUGAGUACUCAUAAUAAUAAAUGAAUUUGUACAUGGUGUAGAACCCAUAAUAUUAAUCUACUCUUGAUUUUUUUCAUAACUUAGUAUUUGUAUGACUUUUUAAUCUUAUUAAUAUAAUAGAAAUAUAAUAAAAAAUAUUAUUUCUAUUAUAGGAUACUGUAACUUUAGUAUGAUUGAAAAUGAAUGAUAUGUCCUACUUUAAUGUGUUUUAAGAUUUGAGUGUGUUGGGCCAAAAUUGGUUAAUGUUUAAGAUGAUGUUGACUAAGAAUAGAUUCAUUAACAUUUACUUCAGAAUUAAUUUGGUAUUAAACGUUAUCUGCAAGAAAGAUCACUGUUGUUAUUGCAAUCAGUUUUCAAAUAUAAUGCAAUGUAAUUAAAAGAAAACCUUUUCUGUCAGAGGAAGUGAUGCCCCCCCAAUUUCCUGUAAAAAAACUUCCCACAUCCCCCCUUUCACCUCACAAUCUUUCCUGAAUUUCUGAGUUAGUGUCAGCACAUUUUUGUUGUUGUUUCCAGAUUCUGAAUUCUUAAAAUAAAACCUGCUUGAUAGGAAAAGCAAACUGGUUGAGGUUUUUUUUGACUCAGAGGAUCUCGAACUUUGACUUUAGACAGGAGUGUUAUUACAGUUGUUUCUGUUUUGUUUUUCCCAGACACCAAACUAUGUAUAAAGCUCAAGAUGUUAAAUUAUGUGUUCAUUGUGAAACUUUAAGGGUAUGGUUAUUAGGCUCAUCUGAUCUCAUUAAUUCCUAUAAUGUUGCAGUCUUUUUCAAUAUAAAAUAUAUUGAAUGUAUAAAUACCGGAUGGGGUAGGAGACCACUUGAAAUAACCACCAUCUACUCCGUCUCAGCUGUAACAAUGUAUUCUGGUUAAUUUUCAGAGGGUCCUUUGAAAUUUUCAUUUGGCAGAAAAUACCACUAUGACAUUAUGAGAAGGUCUCACUUCAAUACUUCCUUAUGAAACUCAUAUUUGACACGGUUUUAGCUUAAAUUGAUUAAAAAGAAAAUAUUUCAAUUGAUGUUAAAUAUAUAGGGUUUUUUCAUUCUUAUUUUCUUAUUAUCAUAUUUUGUUGUUCUUCUAAAAGUCCCCCGUCUGGAACUGCAAAUGAUUCAUCAUCUGAAGCUUUACUGAAAUGAUUACCAAUCACCCUUUCUCCAAUGCGUGUAAGUCAAAACUGUGCAUUUCUUAGACCUUGUAUGUCCUUUAGUCCUUAACCAGAGAGUCAGCGUUAAUUAGAGAAGUGUGAUAAGGCACUAAGCUCAUAACUGCCUGCCACAGUGGAUGGUCUGCCUAAUCUGAUUCACUUAGCUCUAGUGGUUCUUGGCUGGUAUUAAAAGUUCACUAGAAGAAUCCCAAGCUGAAUAACAGCUCAGCUUCAUUAUGAGUCUAAAAGCAAAAUAUUUAUUUACAAUUAAAUACAAAGUAGCUUUUAGUGAAUAAGCCAGUAAAAAAAGAUAUUAAAAACAAGAACUUUUCACAUGCUUGGAAGGUGUUGUAUGUCAAAGCAAACAAUGUAUGGGUUAGGCUCAGCCUAUUUUUGUUGAAAAAGACUGCAACUAUUAUUGAAUUGACAUUUGGGCCCAAAAGUAACAAACAUCUUUUAAAAAUAUAGUCCUAA